GGCUUUUCCGGAAACCUGGAACUUAUCUGCAUGCAGAUGGGAACCAAACCCUGACAGGGCUAGUAGCAGGGACUGCAAGCUGGGUUCUAGCAAACCAAUGACAGUAUUCACGUGUUAAUAAUUUACUGAAGAAACACCCCCACUCAGCCCUGUGGAGCAGUUUGGCCUUCUGUUGCAGCAGGAUAGGUGAGGGCGAUACUGGCUUCCCACCCCACACAAAGGCAAGUCAUGGCCUCUUAAAGGGACCCGCGAGCUCCUCCUUGCAGCUGCAAACCCGAGUGUGUGCAUGCUCAGCCACCCGGGCUUCCGCCUGAGAAUGAGUGGGAAGGGGUCUUGAGGCGCCUCCACGUCUCCACAGAGAACCGGGGAGGGAGCUUGCAGCCCGUGGAUGGAGAUCACCGGUCGGCGAGGACCGGCUCGCGAUCAGCUGCCUGGGGGCUGCUUGGCGUCCCCGUGAGCCUCUUGCUGCGGUCCCAGGCUGCCGGCGGCACACCCUGCGGUCGCCUGCGCUGAUCUGAGCCAGCGCCCACAAGCAGCCGCUGCAUUCGGGCUCCCGGAGUGGCUCCGCAGGGCUGUGCGGUCACCAGGGAUGCUCGGCGCUGGGCUCCUGACACGGCCUCCAGACGGCCGGGACCCGGCUGUGUGAUCAGCCCGGAUUACAGACGGAAACCCUGGGGACGCUGAUCUGCUCUCCAGCUGCUGGGACAACUUCUGCUUGUCUGUUUACUUCUGUGGGUCCCCGGGACUCUGUCCUGCACCGCAGCCACCCCUGCCACUUUGCGGGUUCUGAAGUCAGCCGCCAGAGCUCCUCCGAACGCUCCCGAAGGGCCAGCCAGGAGGGACCGAGACAGGAGCGAAAUCCCCCAGUGCUCACCCUCCCCGGUCUGUCCUGGCCGCCUUUGUCGCGGUUCGGAGAGGACCGUGUGCUGCCCCGGGAGCAAUGCAAGUCUCCAUCGCCUGCACAGAGCACAACCUGAAGAGCCGCAAUGGUGAGGACCGACUUCUGAGCAAACAGAGCUCCGCCGCCCCCAAUGUGGUGAGCGCAGCCCGGGCCAAAUUUCGCACGGUCGCGCUCAUCGCCCGCAGCCUGGGGACCUUUACGCCCCAGCACCACAUUUCUCUCAAGGAGUCCACGGCCAAACAGACUGGCAUGAAAUACAGGAAUCUUGGCAAGUCAGGACUCAGAGUUUCUUGUUUGGGUCUUGGAACAUGGGUGACAUUUGGAGGUCAAAUUUCAGAUGAGGUUGCUGAACGGCUGAUGACGAUUGCUUAUGAAAGUGGUGUUAAUCUCUUUGAUACUGCUGAGGUCUAUGCUGCUGGAAAGGCUGAAGUGAUUCUGGGGAGCAUCAUCAAGAAGAAAGGCUGGAGGAGGUCCAGUCUAGUCAUAACAACCAAACUCUACUGGGGUGGAAAAGCUGAAACAGAAAGAGGACUGUCAAGAAAGCAUAUUAUUGAAGGACUGAAAGGUUCCCUCCAGAGGUUGCAGUUGGAGUACGUGGAUGUGGUCUUUGCAAAUCGUCCAGACAGCAACACCCCUAUGGAAGAAAUUGUUCGAGCCAUGACACAUGUGAUCAACCAAGGCAUGGCAAUGUACUGGGGCACAUCGAGGUGGAGUGCUAUGGAGAUCAUGGAAGCCUAUUCUGUUGCAAGGCAGUUCAAUAUGAUUCCACCAGUCUGUGAACAAGCCGAGUACCAUCUUUUCCAGAGAGAAAAGGUGGAGGUCCAGCUGCCAGAGCUCUACCAUAAAAUAGGGGUUGGUGCAAUGACAUGGUCUCCACUUGCCUGUGGAAUUAUCUCAGGAAAAUAUGGAAAUGGAGUGCCUGAAAGUUCCAGGGCUUCACUGAAGUGUUACCAGUGGCUGAAGGAAAGAAUUAUAAGUGAAGAAGGGAAAAAACAGCAAAACAAGCUAAAAGACCUUUCUCCAAUUGCUGAACGUCUGGGAUGCACACUACCUCAGCUAGCUGUUGCAUGGUGUCUGAGAAAUGAGGGUGUGAGUUCUGUGCUCCUGGGAUCAUCUACUCCUGAACAACUCAUUGAGAACCUUGGUGCCAUUCAGGUCCUCCCAAAGAUGACAUCACAUGUGGUAAAUGAGAUUGACAACAUACUGCGCAACAAGCCCUACAGCAAAAAGGACUACAGAUCAUAAGGCAAAGCACGAGCCACAGAAGCUGCAUGGGCACAGUGGUCUGUUCCUGCACAGAAUGGUGUGACUGGCCACUCUUCAAUCACAUAGCAGCCUGCUGCUCAACUCUAGUGCCCCUGGAUUCUCUGAGGUGUCUGCUGUCACUAACACUGUGCAUCUGAAUUCCAAACACAUCUGGAAACUCACUUCCAAGAAAACCAUUCUAUUUUCUUAUCUCGGACUGGUCCCUAUCCUUGCAUUGCUCUGUGCACCUUAUGCUUCUGCAAUGGAAAAAGUAAUGGGGGAAAAGAUGUAUAAUUUUCAGGCAUUUGGUCACUUAAAGGCUGUACAGAUAUAUUUUUUCAAAAGAACAAAAUGCACAAUAUGGAUGCAAUAUGCAGUACUUAAGAAACAGAGUAUCCUAUUCCACUCUGAAGUCUUGCUUGAAGAAUAGAACCAAUUUUCCUUGCUUUUCCUAUUCACACUCACAUUUGCAAGUUCUGUCACUUGUCAUUCAGCAACACUAACUUUUCUAAGCAUUUGCUUUUGUUGCCUUUUCAAUGUGUGGUUGCUUGGCUCUGAACCAUUUAUCCAGUGUCAUGAGGGUUCUAAUGUAUGUCAGUGUAUAUGCAGAAGUGAUGAAAGGAUGAAUGAAUACGCUUCAAACUAGAGAUAUCAUGACUAUGGAAAUGCAGCUUUAAUAAAAUGCACUAGCAGUUAAGUGUUCAUAUUUUUACACAUUUUAUUAAAACCUGCUUGUACAUUCAAUUGCUUCUAGGCAGUUUCUGCAACUUUAGUUAUUGGAGCUUUAAAAAUACACACAUGCUCAGUUUUAUAAUUAAACUUGUAAAAUACUCAGCAAGGCAAAUGUUCAGUUGAGCACUGGGGCUAUAAUUCAUGGCACUACUGAGGAGAUAUCAACAUGAAAAUCGAUCAGACUGUGGAAAAUGGCGCCAUUGCUCAGUAUAUGCUGGGUGAACGAACAUGACCAAAGACAAGCGAAAUGUGCAAAAGCUCCUGAUUCUAAUCAUAUCAUACACAUUACACUACAUGCAUGAAAGCCCUUUGCAUGGACUGAAGGGGCUUAUCCUUCUUGUACUCAGAACUUGAGGUACAUCUAGCCCUGCCAUUUUUGGCUACUUAUUCUCUGUACUCCACUUAAGAAUAACUGUAAGAAUACAGUGUGUGUACUCACACACAAUAAAAUCUGUAAAAAAGGAAAAUGCUUUUUUUUUUUUUUUGCAUCUUUUAACUCUAUUUGGACAUCUGAGAAUGUACAAAAUUCCUACUUUCUACUCAGCAAGUUCCCCGUCAUUUAAAGAUGUACAGAAAAAGCUCUUUUGUCAUUUCCAGGUAUGUGUCAUAUUAAGUUCCAAAUGUUCAAAUAUUAGUGGACGAUAUUAAUAUUUUUGACUGCUUCUACCUAUUGUGUAAUAGGUAAUUUGGACAUUUUGCCCACAAGAAUCAGAAUAAUGCCUAACUUUUCAAUUGUUCAUUGUAUACUCAAUCCAGUGAACUGUAUGUAUAAACCAGCUGUGGUGCUGUCUGAAGGAAAAUGUAAUUUAACUUAAUUUGCUUAAGAGUAAUAAAAGCACUUGUGCAACCUCCUAA